GCAACAAAGGGGCACCGGCACCAAAGGCCGACGAUCGUCUGUGAGAGAACGUAUUUCUCAACCAAUCAAGUUUAGGGGCAGGAAAGAGGGCGGCCUUUUACCACUCAGAAUAGAGUCUGAGGCGGGACAAAGCACAGAGUGGCGGCUCUUUGCCCAACGGCGGAUGGGCUCGGGUUUGAACCGUCCAAUGAGAUGGUCGGAGGGGGGCGCGUCUUUUAGCGGGUAUAAAACCGGCUGCUGGGGCAGGGGGCGGCGGCGGCUGCAGCAGUUGUCACCGGCAGCGGGGAGUGGAAUUCAUCUUGCCGGCCUCUGGCUCGUCUCUCCCCGCCAUGACCACCACGACCACCUACAAGGGCGUGGACCCCAACGGCAGGAACAGCUCCAGGGUACUGCGCCCUCCAGGUGGAGGUUCCAAUUUCAACUUGAGCUUUGAUUUGCCAAAAGAGCAGCCCGUGCGAAGGAACAAAAUGGCAUCCAACAUCUUUGGUCUUCCUGAAGAGAAUCCAAUUUCUAGGGCUGGCUCAACAGGGGCCAUGCCCAAAGGUGUCAGAGAAGAUUCCGAACCAUCUGGACCACAAAGGAUAAACGCUUCUGAUGCAAACUGUGGGGACUUUGUAGAUCCAAAGGAUGUGGAAAGCAGUGAAACUUUUGAAAACAUUGAGGCUGACAUAGAAGCUGCUCCAGGCCAGAGUGAAGAAAAAACCCUGCCUGCUGCACCUGUUCCUAGCCCAGUAGCACCAGUACCUGCACCAUCCAGGAGAAAUCCACCUGGUGGAAAGUCCAGCCUAGUCCUCGGUUAAACCUGUUCCUUUCUGACUGUUUUGAACUCAUGUCUGUUUCUUUUCCCCCCAUGCUUGUGAACUGCACAACUUGAGCCUGACUGUACAUCUCGAAUUUCUUUCAUUAAAAAGAAGCACUUUAUGUACUGCCAUUUCUUUUUUAAAAAAGAACAAGUUUUUUCCAUUUCUUUGUGGUCUCCCCUGAAUCUACUGGAAGUGACAUGAGUGUUUUCUAGUAGUAAACAUGAGGGAAAGUGUUGAGGGAUGGUGAUGUAUUUCAGAGGAGACUAGAUUGGUUCUAAGUGUGCUUAGAGAGUUUUUGUACGGAGAUUUUUAGAACCUCUUAUAGUCAGCUUUACAAGGGUUUAGAAUUCUAGUUGACCAGGCCAGCAAACAAUCCACGAGAGCAGUCCCCUUCACCGCACACAACUGUUGGUUAUCCAAAACUUAAUUGACUUCCAUGUGGUAAAUGUCUCAGAACAGUACAGAAGUGUGAUCUAGUGUAUGCCAUGCUGCCUUUAACAAGGAGUAUCUUGGAGUUGGACCAUUAUGAAAUGGGGCAUGUGACAUAUUUAGGGCUGAGACUCCUGUCCUAAUAUUGGGGAGGGAUUUGGGUGUACAGCCCAACCUUAAGCCGGUGAAGGUGGAAUGAGGUGUGGAUCAUACAAGAGUAGUUGUUCAAGUAAAAAUUACAAGGGCAUUUUAUUAUAAAUGACUCAAUGCUGUGCAUGAUCAUGCUGGUGCUUGACCAUGAGGUGAAAAUCUCAUCCUUUUAAAAUGUGUGUUGUAACUUCACAAAGCUGGACUGUUGCUUAAAAGUAAAUAAUAUAGAAGUUUUGAAGCAGUG